GCCGCCGGAGAAGCGAAACAAAGCGGGGAUCUAAAUUUAAAAUCACAGCAAUCGAUUGCUGUUUUUUUCUGGUCAUCGAAAUGCCGAUAGCAAAAAGCAUGCUGCCAAACGGGAACAUAUUAAAGUGUCUUUUUACACAGAUGGCAACUCUUUGGUACAUUAUUAGCAUAAUAUUGCAUUUUUGCUAAGUUUAUCUCUAAAUAUUUGAACACUUGGCGCGCAACGCUCUGUGGAGCUGCAUUCGCAAUGCAGAGUUAAAAAGCUUACUGCCUGUAAUUUUGGACAGAGUAUAAAUACCAUCUGCCGUGCUAGUUAGUGUAAUUGGAACAAGCUUCCUGCGCACAACAAUUGUUCAAUUGUUCGUAGUUAAAUUGCCUAACUUGCUGCUAAAUUGUGAAAUUUGCCAUUUUCGGGUUGUGCAAAUUGUACCCAAUUUAAUUUGUUUACUUUUGAACGCUGGGAAAGCAACGUCGACGAGAUACCGACGCGUCGGUAAGUGCAAGUGACAAAUGUAGCUCUGAAAAACUUUCUCUUUUUAUGUGCGCUUGGUCACGAUAGAUUGUUGUUGUAUAAUAUUUACUCUGCCUGCUUCAAUGUGAUUUAAGCAUUUUGAGUGGCAUGUUAAAAAAUGCACGUAUACAAAAGCAAAGGUAUGGCUAGCAAUGGCAAUGAAGAACACGCUGAGCAAUAUUUGGAGAACCUUUUAAUAAAUGGCAGCCAGGAGGGCGAUAGUGGGGCAGAGCUGCAGCUGCCGUCAUGGUACAAUGAACAGCUAUUCAAGCGGGGUCAGAGAUAUUUUAGCAAAUAUCGCUUUGUGAUGACUUCAGGCAUGUUGGCUGGUCUGAUCGCAGUUCUUGCCAUACCAUCUAUACUCCGCGUACUUAUCUGUACUCGUCAGUCUUCGAAUGCCCUCACUGCAUAUCGCCGUUAUUUGCGCACCAUUUUCCAUACACACGCCUGGUAUUUCCAUUCCAUUGACGAUAGAAACAGCAAGUUCUGGACCAGCAUUGCUGCUGUGAGACAGGCGCAUUCGCGCUCUAGUCAUGCCUGCCAGCAACGUGGGGCCGGCCAGAUAACGCAAAAGGAUUUAGCCUUGACACAGUUUGGUUUCAUUGGCUUUAUAACGCUGGGAGCACACCGAAUACAGCUUAACGAUGAUGAUUUCCUGGAGGCUACAACGCAUAUGUGGCGCGUACUGGGCUAUUUACUGGGCAUUAAAGACGAAUACAAUAUUUGUGGACGCAACUGGGUGGAGUCCAAGGAGCGUUUGAACAUUGUCAUGCGUAGAGUAUACACGCCUGCGCUCGAGCAAACGAAUGAUGAGUUUUAUCGCAUGACGGAAGCACUUAUCCAUGGACUUUGGCAUGCCAAUACAAUGCUGUCGGUUAGAGCAAAUAUUUACUUUACCAAGCGCUUGGCCUACGUCAAGGGCUAUGAAUAUUACAGCUUUGAUUAUCCUGCCGGUGAGCAAAAAGAUCCGCAGCAGAAAUCAUACUAUUAUGACCUGAAUUUGUGGGAUCGAUUUAUCGUUAGUUACGGUUUGUUUAUUGUUACCUUUUUGCACAAAUAUGCCAUUGUCCGCUGGUAUUUCAAUUUUCGAGUUUGGCUAAUGGAUCUCUUUAUGUACUACUUGCCAACUGUAGCUAUUUGGAAGUUUGGAAUUAAAUCGGCCUAUGUGCGCAUCUUUCGGCCAGGAGGUCAGGCGCAUGAGUUUCAAUUAAAUCUUAAGGAAGAGUAGUUUAGUCAUAUGUUUUAAGUGAUUAAUGUGUUUAUGUGAUGGGUGAUUGUUAUUUAUUUUGUGUUUAAUUUACGCUGGCCUCCCAUGCAAUUUAUAGACUUGUUAAAUAUAUACUUGCAAAAUGUUG